CAUUCUGUAGCCAAGGCAACAGAGUAGCAGUCCAUUCACACCUGCACGGGGCGGGAGGCUUUCCCAGGAGUAGACGCCUGGGCAGAGUGGGUGCCAGCAGAUUCAGCCCAGAAACACCUGAUGCCAGGCCAGAGGGGGAGGACAACGGGCUCGGGAGCCCCGGGAGGUCCCUUUGAGGGGCCCCUGCCGUGCUGCUGCCCGUGGAAGAGAAGCCGGGCAAGGGUGCGUCCUGUUUGCACUCAGGCACUUAGCACAGCCAGGCUGAGCCUCGCUGUUCAAACAGACUGGGGCAGGGCCUGGGCGCACCCCUGGAUGCACGGGGCACCUGCUCCCGCCUCUCCCCACAGCCAGCCUGAGGCCCAGCCCUCUCCCCGCUGUGCCAUGCCCUGUGCCAGGCUCUGCAGCUGCCGGGACGGCCGAAUACUGCCCCUGCUGUUGGCCUACGUCUGCUACCUGCUGCUUGGGGCCACCAUCUUCCAGCUGCUGGAGAAGCCAGCGGAGGCCGAAUCCAGGGACCAGUUUCAGAUGGAGAAGCUGCGCUUCCUGGAGAACUACACGUGCCUGGACCGGCGGGCCCUGGAGCGGUUUGUGCAGGUCAUCUUGGAAGCCUGGGUGAAAGGCGUGAACCCCAAAGGCAACUCCACCAACCCCAGCAACUGGGACUUCAGCAGCAGCUUCUUCUUUGCAGGCACGGUCAUCACCACCAUAGGAUAUGGGAACCUCGCACCCAGCACCGGGCUGGGCCAGGUCUUCUGUGUCUUCUAUGCCCUCGUGGGCAUCCCACUCAACGUGGUCUUCCUCAACCACCUGGGCACAGGCCUGCGCGCCCACCUGGCCACCCUGGAGAGGCGGGAGGAGCAGCCCCAGUGCUCCCAGCUCCUGCAGGUCCUGGGCCUGGGCCUGGGCCUGACCCUGGGGACCCUGGCCAUCCUCAUCAUCCCGCCCGUGGCCUUCAGCCACGUGGAGGGCUGGAGCCUCAGCGAGGGCUUCUACUUUGCCUUCAUCACUCUCAGCACCAUCGGCUUCGGGGACUACGUUGUGGGCACGGACCCCAGCAAGCACUACAUCCCGGUGUACCGGAGCCUGGCCGGCCUCUGGAUCCUCCUGGGCCUGGCGUGGCUGGAGCUGCUCCUCUCCCUGGGCCCCUUGCUUCUGCACAGGUGCUCACGGCUCUGGCUGCUGGUCAGGGGCGGCGGCCUCACGGACGGGCCAGCCCCUGACCCGGAAGAGCUCCCCAGGCCUCAGAAGAGCCCCAUCUCUGCAUGAGGCCCCCCACGGGCCCAGCAGCCCCCAGCCUCUCCAGCCCAGGCCGUCUGCCCUCGGGUUCCCCGCCCUGCCCUGCCCACUCACUCCCCAGCCAGGGCUCCUCAGCUCGGCAGAGAGAGAAAGGGGGCGUGGGGAGGAGAAGGAGGCCCCGGGUCAGCCGGGUGUGGAGUGGACAUGCACCCCGGACCCAGAGCCCCUGCCCCCAGAGAUGACCUGGGAAAGCCCCAAUGGAUCCCUGUGGCCAGAGCUCCUCCCUCCCCACUGCGCCCCCACACCUGAGAC